AUGCCGACCCUUUGUCUUCUCCUCCUCCUCCUCUUCUCCACCAUAUUUACGUCUCCCGCCUUCUCCUCAGCCAUCAACCUCCCUUCUUCUCACCAAUCUCUCUCCUCCAACUCCUCCGACUCCUCCGAAACGACAACAACCACCACCUCCACCGCUCCCACAUCACCACUCGACAACACAAGGGGCAUCAUCCCAACCCCACCCACCAUCCCCUCCCAUCCUCCUGGAACCGACCCCUCCUACGAAUCCACCGACAUCCACCUCGACUCCCCAACCCAAACCUCCAGCUCCGAACCCAGCUCCGAACCCAGCUCCUUCCAACCCAGCGAGAUUUUUCCCCCUCCUCCCUCCGCCCCUGUACCACUACCCUAA